AUGGAGAAACUCAACACAGAAGAUGGACAACUCUUCAUCAAGAAUCUCGCCAGCUUCGUUCGCACCCACGAGAAGGCGCUCGCCAAUGCUCUGCAACUGCGACGCCAGCCCUCGAAGACUAAUGGCGCAACUCCCCAAUCCCCGACCAGCGCGAGUGCUUUCUCCUCGACCUCCCUGGCAUCGGCGUUGUCCUUCGGUGCGCUCAAGUUUACGACGCAAGCCCUGAAGCCGGCCAAGCUCACCCUGACCCCCCACCAUCUUUUCUACUUGCUCUCGCGCUUCGAGGACCUCUCCAUUGCUGUGGGCCCCAUGAACGUUCGACUGGAGAAUAUCCAUACCGAGGUGUCGCAGUCCUACGUUUCCUUUCUCAAUAAGCCCCAGCGCUCCAGGGGCGAUAGGGACUCCAUCCACUCCGUGUCCAGCGUUCGUAGCGUCAUGUCCGGUAUGAGUGGCCUCUGGUCCUCAUUUGGCCUCGGAUCAAAGGAUUCCCCCUCCCGAUCGGAGAAAGCCAAAGCGGCCCUAGAAGCAGACCUGAAGUAUCUCUACUCUGCCUUCACCAAGAUCCCCUGUCUGCGCCUCGCCCCGGACCACCGCGCUCGUUUGAUUCGUGGAUACGAAGAAUUUCCUUUCGAAACGGCUGUACCCUUGCAUUCUUUCAAAAACCUGAGCGCUUUAGAGAUCAUUGACAUAGACUACCGCUCCUUCUACGGCUGGGACCGACUGUCUGAGCAACUACGCACCUUGACCAUCAAGCGUGCUCACUUAGAUGACCCGGCGGACCUGCUGACGAGGAUCGUGCUGGAUGAUAUCAACCGGCGUCGGCGGCGGUCCGCCAAGUCUCAGCAAUCACCGCUACUUGGAUGGACGGCCGGCACCGGUUCAGGUUCCCAGCCGGUUCACCCGGGCAUGGACCACGCCAUCCCUCUUUCUGCUCCGGGGUCCCCUAUCGCCGACACUGCCUUAGGAACAAGCAGUAGUCCCAAAGCGGCCUCGAUGGUACGAGCUGGGUCGGAAGGGGCAGACAGAAAAAUUCGCGCUAGAGCUGGAAGCAUCUCGCCGACUCGACCACCCAUUUCGAAGCAGAGUCACCGCCACAGCCGGGCCCAGUCGUCUCGUAUUCGACGCACGGGCUCAGGGAGCUCAAACUCGAGUGAGACGUCGGGUGGUUAUCGCACUGGCAGCUCCUCCACCCUUCUUCCUGGAGUACUCCACCCGUCCAAAUGGCGGUUCUUACGACAUCUGGGUCUUCCGGAGAAUUCAUUAACGUCUGUCUCCGCUGCCAGUCUGGCCCCCGUAGCCAAUACGUUGAACUCUCUGGAUCUGUCAGCGAACCUCCUGACCGAGAUCCCCGACAGUCUCGCAUCCUUGAUGUCUCUGCGAGCCCUCAAUCUCUCUCAGUGCAUGAUAGAUUCUCUACAUUCGCUAUCCCGGAACCCCCUUCCGGCUAUUACAGCCCUCAACCUUCGCGGCAACCGUCUCCGUUCACUCGCUGGCAUUGAAAGACUGCUGUCUCUCGAGAGACUGGAUCUACGUGACAACAACCUCAUGGACCCCACCGAGAUAGCCCGACUGACCGGUCUCCCUGAAAUACGGGAGAUUUGGGUAGCUGGCAACCCGUUCAUCAAGACACACUCCGGCUAUCGCGUCACGAUCAUGAACCUGUUCCGUCGGACCCCCGGUUAUUCAGAAGACAUCAUCAUCGACGGCCGCGCCCCAGGAUACACGGAGAGAAAACAGCUCGUUGACCGAGCAGCGGAACCCGAAGCUGCACCGGUUGUGCGGUCGAGCGCGACAGAUCAGUCAACAGUUGUACACAAAGUCGCCACUGUCGUACUCCCCGACGGUAUUGCAGCGGCACGGUCGUCACAGGAUGCGGGGGACUCGCGGCUGCGGACUGUGCAGCGGAAUGAAGGUGAAGGGGGGUCGAAUCGACGAAAGAAGAUUCAACGGCGCCGAAUCGUCGACCUCUCACUGGACAAUCCGUUCAUGGCAGAUGGACUCGGCAGUACAAGCGCAGCGAUACCCCCGGUGCUCCCAAUUCAACAGAUCCAACCCCCGAUGAACCCAUCUAUCCUAGUCCCUUCCGAUCCCCAAUGGAAGCUGGAUAGCGGAACUCAAUCUGGAUCAUCCAGCAUCCAGAGCCCUGGAAAGCAUGUCAUCUCCCCAAGUCCUCCACCCUUGCAGGCAUCCUUGAUGCAACCGCCGGCCCUGGUCAAGGACUGGUCCUUGGACGAAGAACUCUGUCGUCAACAGUUGGAGGUCCUGCGGCACGAGGUGGGCCAUAGCUGGCUCACGGUACUGGGAGACCAUGCCUGGGACAACUCUCAUAAGGACCUAACAGCUCACCUAGUUGGCUCGGGCUUGGACCAUUCGACAGCCCUGCCAGCCUCAUCUCUUUCCCGCGCCAACGGCCAGGCUAUCGUGAGCAGUGGCCGGACAUUGAGCGGCUAA